CUAUAAAACGCGAACCUAAUGUACCUCUAUCUACCUCACACACACAGAGAAAAAACAACGAUGAAUUACGGUAAAGCCACAUCCCGAAAUGACCAGUUUGCUAUUUUACUCACAACUCUUUUCUUCCUGAUCCUAACCGUUUCCAAACCGGUCGCCUCUCAGAACUGCGGCUGCGCCUCUGGCUUAUGCUGCAGCAGUGCUGGUUACUGUGGAACCACCGACGCGUACUGCGGCGAGGGAUGCAAAGAAGGACCUUGCAAGAACAGCGGUCCCGGAGAUCCAACUGUUUCACUUGAAGAAACUGUGACACCUGAGUUCUUCAACUCUAUACUAAGCCAAGCAACAGAGAGUGACUGCAAAGGUAGAGGAUUCUACACCCACGAAACCUUUAUGGCUGCAGCUAAUGCCUAUCCGAGCUUCGGUGCUACCAUCUCCAAACGUGAAAUCGCUGCCUUCUUUGCUCACGUUGCUCAGGAAACAGGAUUCCUGUGCCACAUUGAGGAAGUCGAUGGACCAGCGAAGGCCGCACGUGGAGAAUACUGUGACACAACAAAACCAGAGUUCCCAUGUGUACCAGGAAAGGGCUACUACGGUCGUGGUGCGAUCCAGCUCUCUUGGAACUACAACUAUGGUCCUUGUGGCAGAGACCUGAACGAGGGAGACUUAUUGGCUACACCAGAGAAAGUGGCUCAAGACCAGGUUCUUGCCUUCAAGGCCUCUUUCUGGUACUGGACCACUAAUGUUCGCUCGAGUUUUAAAUCGGGCUUUGGCCCGACAAUCAAGGCUGUGAAUAGUAUGGAGUGUACCGGAACAGGAGUUCCUAGUGAAACAGCUGCUAACAGGAUUAGGUACUUUCAAGACUAUUGUAUGAAGCUUGACGUUCUACCUGGAGAAAACCUCACUUGUUAAGGUUUCUCUCUAUCCAUCUGAAACAGCCAAUGUUGGCAAUAUAAGAAUAAGAGAUCACAGAAGAGAAAGUAUCAUACUAGUAUAGUUGUUGUAAUAAUGUAAUCAUGAAACGAUUUCCAUUUAUGCAUAGGCACAUGGGAUUUUAGAACAGAGGUUCCAUUAUUGUGAACUUAUCACCAACACACAUUGGAUGUAUCUCUGUGUUUACAUUUAAAUGCAUGAAUAUUCAUAAGAUGUCA